UGGACUUUGAAAAUAUUUUCAAGAAGCUAUUACUUCUCUGAGGUAGAGAGCAAGGGUUUUGUGUCUUUACGCCGGGGCAUCGAUGUACCUACUCCCCAGGUCUCAAUCUGCCUGCCCCCAAGUGUGGACUGUCGAUAGAAAUACUUGAUUAUCUCUGGUCUAGAUUCCAAGCCACGUUGGCCUGGAGGACAGCGAAGCUGCUGACACCCUUGCAAAAGAAGGGUGCUGUUUGAUGAAGAUUUUGAAAUAGUUCGUAUGACCACUGGAAAACAAAAACAACAAUUAAAAUGGAAGAAAAAGGAAUUGUAGGAAUCUACACAUCAUCCAAUUUGGACGUACUUCACACUUUUACUGUGCAAGAUGCUGAUGAAUCUAUCUCGAAUCAAAAAAAGGUGGCCGAACAAGAAAAAUGGUACAACAUCAUAAUUCAAGUCAGCAUACCUUUUUUUAUAGCAGGGAUUGGAACCAUUGGUGCUGGACUCAUUAUGGCAGACGUCACAACAUACGAAGUUUUCAGAGAGGUCCAGGCACUAUAUGUUCUUGUGCCUGCACUUCUAGGUCUCAAGGGAAAUUUGGACAUGUGUCUUGCAUCAAGGCUUUCUACCCAAGCAAAUUUAGGUAAUAUGAGAUGCAGGCAAGAACUAGUCAAAAUGGUCAUAGGAAAUAUAUCUUUAGUUCAGGUCCAAGCAAUUGUUUGUUCGUGUAUAGUAUCUGUUUUUGCAGUAGCUGGAUCAGCUCUAGUCAACGGAAACUUCAAAUGGUUGCACACAUUACUUCUGGCAACGGCAAGUACUUUGACGGCGACACUUUCGUGUUUAACUUUGGAUAUGGUUCUGAUUAGUAUUAUUAUGAUAUCCCAUAAAAUGAAACUAAAUCCAGAUAACUUGGCCACACCAAUGGCUGCCAGUAUAGGGGAUGUAGUUUCUUUGGCUACUCUCUCAAUGUGGGCUAACUUUCUUUAUUCAAUCCACGACGAGUACCCUUGGUUGAUGGCGGGUAUUUUAGCCAUAUAUGUGUUUGUAUUGCUUCCGAUUUGGGUGAUCAUUGUGAGUAAUAACAAAUAUACCAAAAUGAUUCUCUUGCAUGGGUGGACUCCAGUAAUUUCUGCUCUAUUUAUAAGCGGAUCAGGUGGUCUAAUUUUGGAUCUGGCUGUAGACGAAUUCAAAGGCUACACAGUUUUUCAACCGAUCAUAAAUGGAAUCGGGGGCAAUUUGGUUUCCGUUCAAGCAAGUCGAAUUUCAACGUUGUUACAUGAAAACUCUUUCAAAGGCGUAAUUCCACCUCAAACAAAACAAUGGGUCGCACCAUGGACUGCCUUGAUCAAAGGAGUACUUCCGGCUAAAACAGCUAGACUCCUACUUCUGAUCUCCAUUCCCGGACAUGCAGUAUUCGUCUAUGUUGCUGACUUUAUUUACAAUGGAGUAUCGACUCUCACUCCGGUUUUUAUUUUGGUUUAUCUUCUAGUCGGUCUAGUUCAACUUUUAUUACUAUUAUACGUAUGUCAUAUAAUGGUCCACACUAUAUGGAAAUAUCGGAUGGACCCCGACAACUCAGCAAUUCCAUAUUUGACAGCACUGGGAGAUCUGUUGGGAUCAACGUUACUACUUGCUGGAUUCUUCUUUUUAAGGUCCAUCCACCAGGAAUAUCAACCAGUUGGAUGAUACUUGAAGUGUAUGGAAUAUGAAAAUAAUGGCUGAAGUGAAGAGAUUGUAAAUGCAUCCAAAUCAAUCUCUGAACUUUUAAGAUAAAAUAUCAAAGUUAUAAAAUGUUCUCAAUAUGUUACAAGAUACGUUUGUGGUAAAUUGUCAAAAGAUCUGACGGUGAGAAUACCACUGAAUAUCAGUUUUUUGUCGGAUAUUCAAUUUAUGGGUGAAAUUAAAUGAUAUCACGUCUUUUGGGUAUGACUGAAAAACGCUUCUCUUAGAUAUGCUUUACUGACGCAUAUCUGAAGUAUGAGGCAUAUCACUUGAGGUCUGAUGAAUAGGAUCGUUCUGUAAAUUUCGUAGGUAUAUUGUAUAUUCAAGACAAAUUGUUUAACUAAUUUAAAUGAGUCUUAUACAAACGUACUAUCACACUAUAAUAAAGUUAUUUCCCACAU